GACCGAGUCUGCCCAGGUGGCGGCCACCAGGAGACAACGGCGGUGAUACUCCUGGAAAAGUCAAAAUGCCGGCAAAGGACAAGAGGAAAGGCAAGAACAAAGGCAAAGAAAAAGACAAGAAAGUAGUGAAAGCAGAGGACCAAGUGGUUGAGCAAGCCAAGGCCAAUGCCUCUCUUUGGGAGGCCAGAUUGGAAGUCACAGAACUCUCUAGGAUUGAGUAUCGUGAUACUUCCCGAAGACUGGCAAAAAAUAAUGAAGACUUAAAGAAACAGCAGUAUAAAUUGGAAAAAGACACUAUGUCUGUAUUAAGCUACUUGAAGAAGCAGGAUCAGGAGAAAGAUAAUAUGAUAGAAAAACUGAAACAGCAAUUAGUUGAAACAAAGGAAAAAGCCAAAGAAGAGAAGGAAAAAUUGGAACAAAAGUAUACUAUGCAAAUAAAUGAGUUGGAGGGACAGUUUUAUCAAAAAGCCAAAGAAAUUGGCAUGAUUCAGACAGAGUUAAAGACAAUAAAACAAUUCCAGAAGAGAAAAAUCCAAGUGGAAAAAGAAUUAGAUGAGCUGAAAGAAAAUUUAAGAAACUCAGAGAAAAAACAUCAGGAGACUCUUAGAAGACUAGAAAGCAGAUUUUUUGAAGAAAAGCACCGUCUGGAACAAGAGGCUGAGAAGAGGAUAAUAAUGCUGGCCGAGAGAGCCCACCAUGAAGCUGUGGUGCAGUUGAACAGUGCUGGGAGAAAUGUUUUCAAAGAGAACGUGUAUCUUCACAAGGCGCUUACAUACCACUUGAAGGAAGCUGAAGUGCGACAGAAAAACUCCAAGAAGUUACAAGAAAGUCAUUCCUGCCUUUUACAUCAAAAGGAAAUCAACGAGCUAUUGGUUAAGGAAAAGAUUAUGCAACUUACCCAGCAGAAAUCACAAAUCCAAACUCUUCAGAAGAAGGUGGUGAGCUUGGAGAAUGCUCUGACCUAUAUGACCACGGAGUUUGAGGCUGAAGUUUUGAAACUGCAGCAAAAGGCAAUUAUAGAGAACCAAGCAGGUCAGGUAGAAAUUGACAAGCUGCAGCAGCUUCUUGAGAUGAAGGACAGGGAAAUGAAUCGAGUGAAGAAGCUGGCUAAGAACAUCCUGGACGAGAGGACAGAAGUUGAACAGUUCUUUCUCGAUGCUCUAUACCAAGUGAAGGAGCAGAUUCUCAUCAACAGGAAGCAAUACAAGCAGAUAGCACAAGCUGCUUUCAAUUUAAAAAUGAGAUCAGCAUGUGAGGGAAGGACGGAGUAUCCCAAAAUCAGGACCUUUGAUGGCAAAGAGCACAGUACCAAUAGUGUGAAUCAGGAUCUCAUGGAGGCUGAAAAAUGGCCAAGUACUCAAAAAAAUGUGGAUAUUAGAGAUUUGACCUGGGAGCAAAAGGAGAAAGUCUUAAGAUUGCUCUUUGCAAAAAUGAAUGGUUUUGCUGCGAGGAAAUACAAGCAGAGCUCUAAGCCUCCUGUUCCAGACCAUAUUAUUCCUGACAGUGAAGAAAUGAAAGAAACUGGGGAUGAAAUUAACCUUCCAGAUCAAACCUUCAUCACCCAGCAAGCUCCAGUAUCAGACUCCAAUACAAUGAUGUCACCUGGUGUUAUUUCUAAAGGAUUACAGGACUUUGACAGAGGGCCUAUGAAACAGAGCAGAAAAGAUGAUGCCACAGCAGCUGCCAGCCGGUCCUUCCUUAUGUAAUCUUGCUCUGAAGAUGUUCAAGAAAGUUUCUCAAAGGAAAAGAAAGUUCGAACUCAAAAGUUACCUGUUUGCCAUAGAAAUUGGUGUCUCCCCUGAAGGAAGAUCGAGAGCCGGUGAAGGAAAACAUUGGCAAAGGCACUGGAAUGGGGACAUUCACGCCCACCUAAAGAGAACAAACAAACGCACAUCAAGUACUGAUCACAGCUCAAUCCACAGAGAGUCCAUGUAGAAGCACCAAGACUACAGAGACCAAUUUUAUUUUUCUCUUUGGAUUUUAGAUUUUGCUUGGUUUGGUUUUUUUAGAGGUAGCAAUUUUUGAGUAGUCAUCUUUGCACCCUGUGCUUCACCCUAAGAAUUUUUAUAACCGAGGAAAGGAUGGGGAAUUAUGGGCAAUUAAAGGUGCAGUCUUC